AUGGUACUCAUUGAUGUCAGUGAUAAUGUCAGUGAUAAUGUCAGUGAUAAUGUCAGUGAUAAUGUCAGUGUUAAUGUCAGUGUUCAUGUCAGUGAUGUCAGUGAUAAUGUCAGUGAUAAUAUCAGUGAUAAUAUAAGUUAUAAUGUCAGUGAUAAUGUCAGUGAUAAUGUCAGUGAUAACUUCAGUGAUAAUGUCAGUGAUAGUGUCAGUGAUAAUGUCAGUGAUAAUGUCAGUGUUAAUGUCAGUGUUAAUGUCAGUGAUGUCAGUGAUAAUGUCAGUGAUAAUGUCAGUGAUAAUGUCAGUGAUAAUGUCAGUGAUAAUGUCAGUGAUAAUGUCAGUGAUAAUGUCAGUGAUAAUGUCAGUGAUAAUGUCAGUGAUAAUGUCAGUGAUAAUGUCAGUGAUAAUGUCAGUGGUAAUGUCAGUGAUAAUGUCAGUGAUAAUGUCAGUGAUAAUGUCAGUGAUAAUGUCAGUGAUAAUGUCAGUGAUAAUACACGUAGGGCCGCCACAGAAAGCUCUCUUUCCAUGAGUCCGUCACCGACAAUUUUCCUGGCAGUCCCCCAUGACAGUCCUGCCUCUCAGUCCCCCAUGACAGUCCUGCCUCUGCCAGCUGCUUCCCCGCCGUGCGCCUCCACGUCUCCCUAG